AUGGACCUAGCAGAGCACAUGUCCCAGCAAUGGGAGAGAAUGGAGCAGACCCUCCAGGCUAUAACCCUUAGCCUACAGUCAAGCAACACCCGUCUUGACCAGCACGAACAAGCACUAGUUCACCACAAGGAAGCAGAAGAUCGCCAGCAGAGGGAGGCUACUCGACAGCAUGCAGAGCUGGGGACGCAGCGGGAGCGUAUGGUCCACCAGCAGGCGCUGCUUACUUCCCAGCGCGACAGCAUGACUCUCCAGCAGGAGAACCGCAUCGCUAUGAUGGCAGCAAGGGGGGUUGUCAAGGUUUUCUUACACAACAAGGCCUUGAAAUGGGCUGCCGCAGUCUGGGCGAAGCAGGGCUCAGUAUGCUCUUCCUUCAAGGAUUUCAAGGAAGAAAUGUUACUGGUCUUUGACCAGUCCAUGACCGGGCCAGACACUGCCAAGCUGCUAAUGACCAUUCGGCAGGACAAGCGUUCCGUUACGGACUAUGCCAUUGAGUUCCGCACUCUCGCAGAGGAAAGUGAAUGGAACGACAAGGCUCUGGUAAUGGCCUUCCACCACGGGCUGUCGGACGCCCUGAACGACGGGUUGGCUUCGAUCGGGUGCCCCAGGGAGUUAGAACCUCUGAUUGCCCACGCCGUGCGAUUGGACAACCGUAUGAGGGAGCGUCGCGGGGACCAGGGGGUCUCCUGGCUACUACCAGCAGAUUCUGGGAGGUCCAAGUCAAGUGAAGAUCCCGAGCCUAUGCAGCUGGGCGGGGCCCGACUGUCGGCCAAAGAGAAGGAGCGGCGGAAGCCACUGGGAAACGGCAGCGUGACCCGAGUCACAUCACGGGUGAGGUUGCAACUGGGAGAUCAUCGUGAGGAGAUCUCCCUAAACCUGAUCUGCUCUCCGGAGUUUCCGGUGGUCUUGGGGUUCCCGUGGCUCAACCGCCACAACCCCCAUCUUGACUGGGUAACGGGCCGCAUCCUCGAAUGGGGUCCUACCUGCCACGCCACCUGUCUCUUCAUUUAUUCUCCGCUUUGUUUUCCCAAGCCUCCUGAGCCUGCUGAACUGUCGCUGGUGCCGGCAGAGUACCUGGAUCUGCAGGAGGUGUUCAGCAAGAGCCGGGCCGCUUCUCUUCCACCUCACCGGCCAUACGACUGCUCAGUCGAGCUACAACCAGGUACCAGUCCAACCAGAGGGCGGAUUUUUUCCCUUUCCCGUCCAGAAAGGAGGGCCAUGGACGAUUACAUCAGGGACGCUCUAGCGUCCGGGUUCAUCCGUCCGUCCACGUCCCCUGCCGGAGCGGGGUUUUUCUUCGUGGGCAAGAAGGAUGGUUCCCUGCGGCCCUGUAUCGACUACCGGAGCCUUAACAAGAUCACCAUCCGUAAUCGCUAUCCCCUGCCACUGAUGUCCACAGCAUUUGACCUCCUCCAGGGUGCAAGCAUUUUUACCAAACUAGACCUGCGAAAUGCGUACCACCUGGUCCGCAUCCGGAAGGGGGACGAGUGGAAGACGGCCUUCAACACCCCGACGGGGCACUACGAAUACCAGGUGAUGCCUUUCGGCCUAACUAAUGCUCCGGCCGUGUUCCAGGCCCUGAUCAAUGACUGUCUCCGUGACAUGAUUAAUCACUUCGUUUUCGUGUACCUGGACGAUAUUUUGAUUUUCUCCAGUUCUCUGCAGGAACAUCGCCUACAUGUCCGACAAGUUCUCAAGAGACUCCUUAAGAACCAUCUUUUUGUGAAACCCCAUCAGUGCGAAUUCCACAGGCCUGAGGUUACCUUCCUGGGGUACAUCCUCAGGGAGGCCCAGAUUGAGAUGGACCCAAAGAAGACGAAGGCAGUGAGGGACUGGGAGGCCCUUAACUCCGUUAAGGGGGUGCAGCAGUUCCUGGGCUUUGUACAUUUUUAUAGGAGGUUCAGCCGAGGCUUUAGUUCUAUUGCAGAACCCAUCUCCGCCCUUACCAAGAAGGGUCGGGGUCCCUUUGUCUGGUCCUCUAAGGCGGAGGAGGCCUUUUGUGAACUGAAGAGAAGGUUCUCCUCAGCCCCCAUUCUCGUCCUUCCGGACCCAUCCCUGCCUUUCACGGUGGAGGUGGAUGCCUCUGAGGUAGGGGUUGGGGCUAUACUCUCACAGAGGGCUCAGGACGACAAGAUCCACCCCUGCGCGUUCUUCUCCCACCGGCUGAGUCCUGCAGAAUCCCGGUACGACGUGGGUGACCGGGAGUUGCUGGCCGUCAAGCUGGUGCUCGAGGAGUGGAGGCACUGGCUGGAGGGCGCUCAACAUCCGUUCCUGGUGUGGACGGACCAUCGGAACCUUGAGUACCUCCAGGUCGCCAAGCACCUCAACCCCCGACAGUCUCGAUGGUCCCUGUUUUUUAGUCUGUUCGACUUUACCCUUUCCUACCGCCCGGGGUCAAAGAACAUCAAGCCCGACGCCUUGUCCCGGCAGUUUCCCUCGGAUAGCCAAGAUAAGGAAGAGAGGUCCGUCAUUCCUCUCUCCCGGAUCGUGGCAUCCAUCCGCUGGGGGAUUGAGGCCAAGUUUUCUUCCAGGGUGUGGUGGGCCUUCUGCAAGAUCAUUGGGGCGACGGUCAGCCUCUCCUCUGGCUUCCACCCUCAGUCGAACGGACAGACGGAGAGGAUGAACCAGGAGCUCGAGACCACCCUUAGGUUUGGGUUCCAGCCUCCCUUGUUUGCAGAGCAGGAGGAGGAGGUCGGGGUGCCCUCUGUUCAACACUUCAUGAGAAGGUGUAGGCGGACCUGGAAGAAGGCCCGGCAGAACCUGGUGCGCACCGCGAGGACCAACCAGUCCCAGGCCAACCGGCGCCGGCGACCUGCUCCAUCCUUCCAUCGGGUGUGGUUGUCCGCACGGAAUAUUCCCUUGCGAGUGGAGUCCCGCAAGCUGGCGCCUCGGUUUAUUGGUCCGUUCAGGGUCGUCCGGAGGAUCAACCCGGUGACCUACCAGCUCCAGCUUCCUCGCACCCUGAGGAUUAACCCCUCUUUCCAUGUUUCCCUCCUGCGACCCCUUCUGUCCUCUCCUCUGGCUCCGGCUGCCAAGCCCCCUCCCACCCCCCGCAUCGUGGGUGGACAGCCCGCCUUCACAGUUCGCCGGUUGCUGGACUCCCGUCGGGCGGGGCGCGGGUUACAGUACCUGGUGGACUGGGAGGGUUACAACGCAGAGGAGCGCUCAUGGGUCCCAGCCCGGAACAUUUUUGACGACUCCCUCAUCAGUGACUUUCACCGCAAGCAUCCUGAUUGCCCAGGGGUCGUCAGGAGACUCCCCUAA